CUCGAUUUAUUAUUCAUUAUCUUUUCUUUUUUCUUCAUUUGUUCAGUAACUUUCCUUUUGAUAACAACUUUCAUUCCUCUAUAAGCACCCACUCCUUUCACUAUAAAAAAUGAAAUUUACUUUUGCUGCCGUUGUCCUUGCUUUUACAGCCUCUGUAUCUGCUGUUGUUCCUAAUUGUGUCGAGGAAUAUGUUGCCAAGGAAGGUGAUAACUGUCGUUCUGUUGCUGUAGAAAAGAAAGUCUCUCUCCAACAGUUGUACAGAUGGAACUUUGUUGCUGAUGAAAAUACUGCUGGUGACUGCUCUGAAUUUGUUGCUGGCGAAACUUAUUGUAUUAAAGUCGACAAUAAACUUCGUAAGAGAAAUUGGUUUUAUAAGACAAAGGGUCUUUCUGGUCAAAAGUUAGCUCUUGCUAAAAAGAAGAUUGCAUCCUCCAAGAAGAAAGCAAAGAAGACUACUAAGAAGACCACUAAGAAGAAGACCACCAAGAAGACCACCAAGAAGACUACCAAAAAGACUACUACUAAAAAGUCCCCUGGCUCUAAGGUCAGCCAAUCUAAGCCUGGUGAUAACUGGAGCUCUACUCCUGCUAAUGCUCCUUCAAAUGCCGUUAGACAUAUUAUUUCUACUUGUACCCAGUAUGCUACUGUUACCGCAAGUGAUAGUUGGUGUGAACCCUUCGCUCAAAAGUUCGGAAUCACUAGAGCUCAACUCUACUCUUGGAAUGCUGGUCUUCAUGGUCCUGGCAAACAUGAAUGUGACAACCUUGAUGAUGGAAAGGCAUACUGCGUCAAAGCUUAAAGUAUAAUUAACUUUUUUCUUUCUUUCUUUCUUUCCUUCCCUUCUAAAUGUAAUAUUACUCCUUCGUUUGAUAUAUUAGUACAAUAAAUUGUUUUUAUUUUAUUUUC